AUGCAAAGUUCAGCUCCUGAGGCUCGCGUGAUCGCCGUGAAUCCAUCAACCAUUGACCUCCUCAAGCGUGUGGGCGUGUGGGAUGACAUUGCAUCCGACACAGUCCGUGCUGCUCCGUUCCAGCACAUGCAGGUGUGGGACUUUGCUGGGCCAGGAUUCAUUCGCUUCAAUGCAUCUGCGAGCCAUUUACCAUAUCUAGGGUACAUAGUAGAGAAUAAAUUGAUCGUCAGCAGCCUUCUUCGAAGAAUACAGACCCGUCUGCCUGUUCCCCUCCUCCCCCUUAGCUCUCUCAUCUGUAUCUCCUUCCCUGUAUCAUCACCCCCCGCCCUCUUCGCCCUCAUCUUCGCUCCUCGCCCUCUUCGCUCUCGCAUUUGUAUACCUCUUCUAUAUCAUUCAACCCCCCCGCCUCCUCUCUCUCGUCUGCGUCACCUGUUCUACGUCAUCAUUCCCUCCCCACUUUCUCUCUCUCAUUUGCAUUGCCUCUUCUGCAUCAUCACCCUCCCCCCUGACCCAUUCCCCCGCUCCCCCCUUUCCCUUCACCCCCGCUUCUUCCGUCCCUCCACCCCCGCUUCUUCCGUCCCUCCACCCCCGCUUCUUCCGUCCCUCCACCCCCGCUUCUUCCGUCCCUCCACCCCCCUUCUUCCUUUCAGAUCGGAGCUGAUGGUUCUCGAUCACGUGUCCGUUCCCUCGCACACCUCCGCACCAUCGGAUGGCCGUACCACCAGCGAGGAGUGA